AGGAGUCAGUACUUAGUGCUCGCUCUCUCUCUCUUCCCCACUCCCUGAUUUCCAUGGCGGCUUUCGAUUGCGCCGGCGACAUGUACGACGUCGCCCUAAAGCCGCGGCUGCUCCGGAUGCUACUGAGGGAUCACCUCCCCGACGAGAAGCGGCCGUUUCGGGACCCCGCGGUGCUAUCGAGAAUCAUUUCGACGGUCAAAACGCACAAGCUUCUGUCUGAAUCUUUCGGUGAAUCGACGGACAAGAAGCUCGUCAAGGAUUGGAGAUCCGCAGUUGCUGCUUGGGUCGACAGGGUGUUAAUGCUAGCUUCCAGCAAUUCGCCAGCUAAAUGCUGGGCAGGAGUCUCUUUGCUGGGGUUGACAUGUCAAGAGUGCAAUUCUGAGCGAUUCCUGGAAUCUUAUCCAACGUGGAUUGAAAAACUUCAAGCACACAUUGAGCCAGCAACAGAUUCCCAUAUGGUGAAGGUGGCAUCUUGUGCCUCUCUUUCUGACCUACUUCUGAGGUUAGGACAAUACCCUUUGAGGCAUGGUAAAGGUGGUUUUGCAGAAAAGCUGGUUCAGACAUCUCUUAAGCUGUUAAAUGAGGACAGUUCAGAGGCUAUAUGGGAUGAGGUGUUACAUCUGAUAGGUCUCAUGGUCACUUUAUUUCCAUCUGCUAUCCAACAGCAUUAUGACAGUGCUGAGGCUACUAUUAGUUCAAAAAUCUUUUCUGGGAAGUGUAGUAAUUUCAUGUUGGAGAAACUUGCUUGCUGUUUAGCAAUGCUCCCGAAAUCCAAGGGAGAUGAAGGGACAUGGUGUUUACUGAUGCAGAAGAUUCUUUGGUUCAUCAACGAUUACCUAAAGGAUGCCUUUGAAGGCCUAGAAGAAGAAACCAAGAUUCGUGAAGCUAGUAGACUACUGGUCCCACCAGGGAAGAAUCCCCCGCCUCCCUUAGCAGAUUACAAAUCAAAAGCCUCAACUAGGUCCAAGCAAACAUCAAUUGUGUUGGCAAUGAUGAUUUGCUGUUCUGAGAUGCUUAAGAAUUCAUAUCCAGUUCAGGUUAGUGUACCCAUGCAAUCACUGCUACUGCUGAUUGAGAGAGUGCUUACAGUGGAUGGCUCUAUUCCCCAAACCUCAUCAUUCUUCAUAACCGCAAUACAACAAGAAUUGUUAUGUUUAGAACUACCAGCCUUGCACUCUAGUGGUCUAGAUCUGCUGAUUGCCUUGACAAAGGGAGUGCGAAGUCAAAUAUUGCCAUGGGCUGCAUAUAUUGUUCGAAUCAUGACAAGAUACUUCAAGAAAUGUGCAGUGCCUGAGUUGAGGGUGAAGGCCUACUUAGAGAUAAAGACGUUGGUUAUGUCCAUGGGUGCUGGAAUGGCAAAGAACUUGGAGCAUGAAAUUCUGAAGAAUGCCCUUGUAGAUUUGAAUCCUCAUCACGAGAAGGACAUAUCCUCCUCCAACCCACAGUCAAAUGCGAUCAAAGCAUCAGUAGAGCAGCCCAAACAUAAGAAAAGGAAGCGGCCUUCUACAGCUGAACCUCCAGAACAGCAACACCAUGGUGACUUAGAAGCAUGUGCAAUCAAAAGCCAUCUGGUAGAGCAUCCUGAGCUUAAGAUAGCCGCAUUAGAAACAUUGGAAGCUCUUUUCACUGUGGGUGGUGCUCUGAAGUUUGGCAGAUCCGAAGUUGAUGAUCUUUUGAUAUCUCUUGCAAAGAAUUCAUUCAAUCGUCAAGGGGCAUCUACAGAGGAACUGCAGCUUGCUGCAUUACGGGUUCUUUUGGCGAGCAUUCUUUCUCAAAUACAUCAGCGUCCUCCAAAUUUAGCCAAAACUCUCGAGCUUUUUCGAAGAGGACGACAAGUAACCGGCAGCAAGGUUUGCGAGUUCUGUGCUCAUUCUAUACUGGCCCUGGAAGCACUUAUUCAUCCACGGGCCCUCCCUCUAUCAGAUUAUUCGGCUCCUGCACCUGCUCGAUCGCCUGCUGGAUUCGACCACAAUACCUCUCUACUCUUUCAGUCAAGUGCCCAAAAACUUUCAAUUGUGGGAUUUGAUCUUCCUGAUUCAGAUGAUGACAUAUCCGGAGCAGCAUUAAGGGAUGCAGUGAAGAGUACAGAUCACGCCCAGGAAUCUCCCCCUCCAGAGUUGUUAAAACAAAACCAAAAGAAGUGGCUUUCUAAUGAUUCUUCGUGUGAUAAUUCUCUGAGAAACGAUGAGAUGAGGUCGCCAGUAGUGGUAACUACUGAUGAAAUCAUGCUUGACUCUGAGCAAUCCAAACCUUCCACAAGCAAGUCUCGAGAACCAUACUCACCUGGUCCCGUCAUGAUUUCUCACAUGAGUGGAAACACUAAAGAAACCAAAGAGGACACAAAGGAAGAUGGGGCCUCAGGAUUCAAUGGGAAUGGAGUUAUGGCUGAAGCGGAUGAUGCUCCUUUACCUGCAGGCGGGAGUACUAGUGCUGCAACUCUGGACUCGGACAAGGGCAAGGAGUUAAUAUGGGACCCAGACGACAGAUUGACCGAAGAUCUGUUUCCAGAUAUUAUAGAUGAAGACCCCGAUUCCACUGAUGAUGAUGAUGAUGAGUACUAACUAGUGGUAUUCAACGGAACCAAAGAUCGAACGAGGUCUUUCUCUUCCUGGAUUAGUGAAAGAAGUUAUCUUUGUUCUGUACCGGUGAGAUUAUAGAUUAACAUGUUUUUGGUCCUAUUUGUUUUCUUCCAAGUAAAUUUUCUCGUAUUUGAGUUAUAUCAGUACAGAAGAUUAGGAAAUCCAUUUGGUUCGGGUCAGUAUUAUAUUAUGUGAUAUGGGCUUAGGAUAAGGGGCUCAUAAAGCUCACGAGUAGUACAUCGAUAAACCGGGCUACAUUAAAGACAAUAAGUGAGCUCAUAGAGACUAGUACUUGAAAAGGUGCAAACGGUUCUAAGAGAAUUCAAAUAUCUUCCGAGCGAUCACCACACAAGGAUGAAAGGAUGAUACAACUUCAGGGAUCGAAGGACAAUCACAAUUGCACACCCCAUCUCUGAAUCCAAUUUCAUUGGCGCCAUCUGUGGUAACCGAGCAAAAGGCGGUGGCUCUGGCUUUGCCAUCGUUGACGUUUUGGCACCACAUUGACGAGUUUGGAGCAGAGAGUUCGUUCAAAUCAUGUUGCCGCAUGUACCUAUUGGCAAAAUGGACGUAGAAAAAGAGAGGCUUCUUCAUGUUGGAGACUAGAUCGUGUUUUCCCAACGACAGGAACCAUCUCCCCUAUGUCAGGAAAAGGACAGCAAGAGAAGAAAAGCAGAGGAUUCAACAAUUUUGUGGCAGGAUCUCCGCCACUGGUAUAAGCUGAUGGCAUGCGGCCAAGGAUGAACCCCUCAGAAUACGAUGUCUGAUGUCAAGCAGCGGUGAGGAGCAAGGAAACGAAUCGGCAACUUCACCUUUGAUUGUCUGAAACUGCCCUGAAUCCAGAUAAGCAAUUCCUCGUUUUCGUCCCUAUCUAUGAACCCUAAUAAUUACCAAAUCAUGAUAAUGAUCAAUAGUUGAAAUCGAUCGAUUGUCAUUAAUUGAAAUUCCACCUUAAGGAGUUAGUUUCCAGAUCUGUUAAUAAGAACCUACGAUUUCGAGUAAACUUCAUUGCCAAACCAUGAUAUGCCGUCAAAAGUGAUCAUGUGUUGCAAAUGGAUUUCUCAUCCAACCUUUGUUGCCUUCCUGCCCCGCCACUAAUGAUUCUCUCAAAAUUUUCAAAAAUUCUCAGACUUCGGCUUGUUUUGACUAUAUUGCAAUAUAUCUCGUCUUUCUGGCUUGCUUUUUGGUUGGCCUCUUGACGGCGGUAAUGAUUUGAGUCAUGCAACUCCAGAGGUUAUUCGUGGCCAUUUGAUCAACAAUAGAGUCCAAUCCUGUGUUGAUGGGAUGUUGAGAAUUUUCUGAAGUUUCGAUAAUAUUUUUGCUUUUUUAAUAUGGAAUUCCAGGAUGCCUUUGUGGCAUGUGAAUAAUAACAUUUUUCUUCAUGGUGGAGUUUUGUUU